CGGACACAAGAUCGGAACAUAUGUGCGCUCCCGCCGGCCAAGCGUGCCAUACAUCGGUAGACGGCGCAGUAUACAAUUACGGCAACGAAAACACUCGACCCUCAGUGCCAUUGCGUGUUUUAUGGUAUUACGGUAUUAUUUUGUCUAAAUAGUUUAGCACGGGUCGCGCAGGCGUACUGAGAUCGAUUGUCGAAUACAAGCAUGCGCAUAAAAUAUGUUUAAAAAUGUACAAAAAAAAAGCAGCAGAAAAAAAGAAAAAAAAAGCGAGGCUUGUUCUGCGCAUGCGCGUUAUCGACCGGCUGCCGAGAAAACCAGAUUGAUUCACUAAUGAACGAAACGCUCGCAUAUCGAAAGAAACGUUAUCUGUUGACGGAAAUGUAGCCAGGUGACUUUUAAAUUAUUUCCGAAUUUGCUGGUCAGCUCGUCGCGACGAUUGACGGGAUGGCAACAUCGGCGGGUGGAUCUGGCGACAUGUUUCACAGCGUCCUCUAACAAACUCGUCCAGCUGAUUCCCGUGCCAAAAUGGUAAUCGUUUUAAAUAAGCGUGUCCUUUGUCAUGAAACCGUGAAUGUUACCCUCAGUCAUGGAUUCCGCGAAAACCAAGACGUUCAAGAAGGAAAAGACGUCGUCGAAGUCCGAAGCGGGUUCGGCGUGCCCGAAAGAAGAGCAUUGUAAGCUGGAAGCUGGAGACUCCUCCGUUAUUGACAUUAGUCAUUUGAGUAACGGAGUCGACAAGAAAAACGAUGCCACUGGAUCCGAAAACAUGGGCAUGUUUUCGGGAUCGCUGGAAGCGGACGCCAAGCCGGCCAAGAACAACUGGAUGAAGUCCCACAUCGAGCAGUCGAUCAGUGAGGAUUCGAGAAAGAAGAUUGCAGCUUUCAUUGAGGAUGUCGGCCAACUGUCGGACAUCGAGAAGCUGUUUCUCUAUCUUCAGCUACCCACGGGCACCCCUGUGGAGACGGAUCCACUUAAGCAAAAAUGUCCCGGGAAUCCACUUGGAAAGAAGGCAGACGCCGAAGUCGCCCAAACAUACACGUGGAUCCAGAGUCACUUGGAAGAGGAUUCCGAGGUGUCCCUGCCAAAGCAAGAAGUCUACGAGGAAUACAGGGGCUUUUUCGAGAAGAAUAAGAUAGAACCACUAUGUGCUGCCGACUUUGGCAAGGUGAUGAAGCAUGUGUUCCCCUCAGUGAGGCCACGCAGGCUCGGUACACGAGGGAACUCGAGGUACUGCUACAGUGGGCUGCGAAAGAAAUGUGAAAUGAAGACACCCAAACUUCCCGAUCUGCUAUUGGCCAGUGAUGACAUAAUGAGCAAAGAGCACCCGAGGGACGGGACGGAGGAGGAAGACGCGAGCCAGGCGGCCUGGCACCUAAUCCGGGAGUGGGCCGAGAAGCUGCUGUCGCGCAAGUUCGGCUCGGUCCAGGAGCUGGCUAGGCACCUGGUGGACAGCAUGUUCGUGGACGGACGCUCGGUGGCUGCCUUUACCCUCCUCUCUACGACCAAGGGCUCCAGCGACGGAGGGGCCCCAGCAGCCGUGUCGUCCCGCACCCCGGGAAAGCGAAGGGAGGCCCAGCAGCAGCUGCAGCGUAAACUGCAGGAGAAGAAGCGCCUGGGUGACCAGAAGCGUCGGGCAGAGCAGCGGCCCCCGCACGCCACCCCGCCGGCUGGGGGCUGCCCAGACGGCCGCCGCAGAACCCCGCAGCAGCGGCGGGACGGGUCCUGCCUGGGCACCCCGGACCCCGGCCCGCCCCCGGACCCUGGCCGGAGGGUCAAGGAGGAGCCCCUCGAGGCCAAGCUGCAGAACAGCAACAUCAUCUUCGUGCCCACGGUGCAGAGCCUCCAGCUGGGCUCCCAGGAGGCAGCCCAGUCCGGAGGGCUCGCCUCGGGCUGCAAGUACAAGAAGAUCCAGCCCAAGCCAGCCUGCCGCGGCGCGGCGGUGGUGGUCCAUUUUGGCAGGGAAGCAGGACUCACCGAGGUCACGACCCCAUCGCCUUCGCCUGUGGUGCUGUGUGCGGAGGCCGGUGGGGAGGCGGCCUCCAAGCACGUCACCAAUGGGGCUGACUGGGAGCCAAAGUCCCUGGACGCCUCGGUGGGCACCAUGAAGAGGCACUCAGAGGAAGGGGAGGCACUGCUGCGCAAGAGGAGGCACACGGACGGCGGAGGGAAGCCCAACGGACCUGCUGCGGGCUUGGAGAACGCUCCCGAAAAGGUGAAAGAAGAGAUGUGCGUGGUGCACCUCGAGAAAGAGGCCCUGAACGACUACUACGGCAACACCUCCAACGAUUACGCGCUCAUGGAGAAGCUGUGCAGGGAGGAGUUUGCGUCUGGCGGAACCAACCUCGAGGUGUCCGGUCUCACAACGGGGGACCUCGGCAAGAUGCAGUGCGCAGAGAGCAAGACAGCGCAGCUCUCUCAACUCCGCAUGCUCUUGGAAAGAAACCUGCCCAACUCGUACCAGCGCAAGGACUCCAAGGACUCCGCCAAGCAGAACGCCGUGACGGAAAGCGAAUGGGAGGCGGCGACACUCCUCGGCCAGCUCGUGUCCAAGCAGGCAUCCCUGCCACAAAGCAAUAACCUGCGCACGGGCACUGUCCACUGGAAGACCACCGGCACGUGGGCCACCCUGGCGGCCAAAAGCCUGCUGCAGAAGGACGACCCCUGCCUUGGCCUGGUGGAGGGGCGGACCGGGGGCUUGGACUUUGCGCGCUCCGAGUCGGGCCUGCAGGUCUCCCUCGAUCGGGGCCCGUGUAUGCCAGGCCAGAUUUCGCUGCCGCCGGUGCCAUGCAGCCCCAGCAGCGCCAGGAAACACUUCUUCACUCCCAUUUCGCCGCAGACGACCCCGCUCCCCGAGGGGGGUCCGCUGCCGGCACUCUCCUCGCCCUUAUUGGCCCCCACGGCGGACAUGGUGUCAGUGGCCGUAGGCACCUCCUCGCAGCCGCCGAGUGCCACCUCCAGCCCCUUCGUGUCUCCCCGGGGCACGCCCGUGCCCUGGACUCGGUCGCGGCAUGGCUCGGGCCAGAGCGCCUAUAGCAGCACUGCCCGGCAGACCCCGUUCCAGGCACUGGACUCCGGGGUGUCAUCGGUCUCGAGCUCACCCUUCGUGUCCCCGCAGAGCACACCCGUGACAACAGUGCGCGGCCGCCACUGCACGGGCUACAACCCGAGUAAGGCCCUGGCCAACGGCUAUGGCCCAGCAGGGCGUGCCCGCCACAGCUCGGGCCCGGGGGGUCCGGUGUCUUCUCACCUGGCGUGCCCCCGAAGCGCCCCACUCUCGCCCCUUGUAGGGGAGUCGUCCACCCAGACUUGCGGCUUCAUCUUCCCCUCGCUGGGGGAGACGCCCACGGGGCUGCGCUCGCGCCACAACUCUGCCUCGAGCGUGGCCCCGCCGUCCCCGCAGUCGGCCCCUCCCUCGCCCCUGGUGGCCUGCCCCCCACAGCCAUCACUCGACGAGGGGCCCGCCUUGGGAGACUGCAGUCUGGGUGCCCUGGCCAGCGACACCGACUCGGGCCUGGGGCCAUCUGCUGGCCCCGAGUGGAUGUCCCUGGUCGCACCCAGGGAGGGCUUCGGCGGCCCCCCGGCAGCCGGCCUCUGGCCCCAUGGCCGCCAGCGGCACGCCUCGGGGCCCGUGCUCAACCAGCGCGUCUCCUUCGCGGGCACUGACCCCUUCUCGCGCGAGAUACAAGAGCUGCUCAAGGACAACACCAUGAUCGGCGGUGGCACAGCGGCCGGUUACCGGAGCCGCUCGGUGCCGGUGCACCGGAUGCUCGUGACGGCCGAGGAGCUGGAGGCCCUCGGGAACCCCGCCGCAGAGGACGCCGUCUCCAAGUCCUACCCGGCCACCCCUAGCGCAGCCCAGUGUUUCAGCUUCCCCGCUGUGGGCGCCUCCCAGCAGCCCGCCUGCGACGGCCUCGGGGACGCCUACGCGGGGGCCGCCUCGGGAGAUGCCCUAACCCAGCAGGACGACGUCUUCCUGGCGGUGGCGUCCGCCGCCGACUGGAACAGCGGCCUGGAGAACGAGGCGGCCAUGAAGUUCGGGGAGGGCGAUGACUUCGAUGCAGAGCUGCAAUCGACCCUAGAAGACCUCAAGGACUGCGACGAGUUCUCGAAGUUUGCUAAGGAGUUGGAUUUCACGCCGGAUAACGAGGACGACGAGAUGGCCUGAAGCGGUCGGCGGGACUCUUUGGCGCGGAGGCACAGCGGCCGAAGGGGCUUGGGCCCCAGAGGCGCUUGCGACGGAGGAAGAUUUCCUGCCGGCUGCGGCAGGGGCUCGGGGAGUUUGUGGUCCCCCUCUCGUUUGUUGCUCCCGUACACAUGUCGUCUCUAGAGUUGUAUCGCAAUUGGAAAGCCGAGUAAGCAGAAGCGAAUGUUUUUAGAGUGCCGCUGUUGAGUAGGUGGAUAACGUCACCUGUUUGUAAUUAUGAGUGUACCGUCUUCUCUUCACGGGCGCACAGAGUUUUAAAGCUAUUUUAAGGGCCAUUUUAACGUGCAGUAGCGUUUGGCUUGUUUACUAAACUGUGGCUUCUAGUAGUAAGUUUUUCCUCAAAGUUUUGCCUUUAUUGGAGCUCUCACUUUGAGAUUCUCUCAUUCACUACAUAUUUACAAACUUGUCGGUGUUUUAAGAUGUCACGAAGACCGUACAACUUUUUGUGGUAGGUGUGUAGCAAAAGGGUUAGAUGGGCGAGUGUCUGGUAUUGUGAGCAAUGGCCGAAGAGAGUCGAUAGUUCUGGCGGGCUAGGGAACAAAAUCUUGCAUUUGUGCGUUGGCAAGCUGUAGUUUUGCAUUAAUCCUGCAUUGGCCAAACUACUUGUGUGGAGCUUUUGAAGGUUCAUGUUUGUAAGCAGUGUUUCAAGGAAUUUUUGCCCUGGUUUUUGUAUUAUUGGCCUUGACUGCGUUUCUUACCUUAUGACACGCCUUACAAGUCCCUGCGCAAAUAUUACGAGACCGGUAAUGGAAAAAUUGAAGUCUUAGCAAGGGCUACUCCUGAUUGACUCUACAUGAUGAAAAACUUUGAUAAUCCCUGAAGCAGGCAAACUGCUAGGACAUUUAAAGCUGGACACAUCAAGUGUAUGUUGUCUUGUACUAAUUUUAAGUGCUCUUUUAGUAUAGACAAGUUCUUUAUUCUCUUGUAUAUUUGACUUUUACAAAAUUAAUACCAUGUGGCAUUUGCUUUGUCUUUAUGGUCUGAUUUAACUAUUAUGUAUGUUGUAUCUAAACAUGUUUAAGUUUUACCUGUAAUUUUUUUAAUAUAAAAUAUAGAUUGACAUGUACAAAGAUUGCCUUUUUGAUGAUGUAAUAUGUGAUAUUUGAUUGCAUGUAAAAUGAGUGUUCCUUUUC